CGUGCUGAAGCUUUCCGUCACAUUCAACCUCAGACAUUCACCGCGAUGGAGGACCUUGCGGGGGUGUUCAACAGGCUGCAACUGAACCACGUUGCCGCGAAGGGAGCACCGGAUUCUAUCGACGAUCUUCUCAACGAGCAACGCCCGCUGAAGCGACAAAAGAAGACCAAGGAUGCUAUCAAGAAAGAGUUGGAAGACGAGUUCCUGACUCCAUCGAGUUCCUUUAAUACGCGAUGGCUAAACCGUCUACAACAGCGAUGGGAUGCACCCACAAAUUAUCGUGGGUUAUUCGAGAUCGCCCCUACCCAGACCCGUACCAUUAUUCGAUUUACACGUGAAGGUUUGGAAGGUCGUGUCACUGGUUAUCGAGAAGUCACGGUGCCUGCAAAUUCCGCCACUGCCAAAAAUUCUACUUCUUUGUUGAGAAAACCGGCGAACAGAGCUGAAUUUGUUCGUGGCGCAGCGGGUUUCUUCCCUUUUGCCCCCGGUGGCCUGGAUGGUGUAGAAGCAAUAGCAGCUAUCGAAGACGAAGUCAUCCUACGGCAAGAUGGAAACAGGACCAAGAAGACGAAUGCACUCGACCGAGUGAUAAAUCUUACUGCCGAAGGUGGUCUUCUAGAAAUCGCCCCUGGAUUCUCGCGCGGAUUGAACCUUGAAAAGAAGCCUCUCGUAGACGCAAAGGCUGCCAAAGAAAUUGAGGACACGCUGGAAGAGGAGCCUCAACCUUCCAAGGAGGAGGAAGAUGAAGAAGAUCCAAUCCAAUUAGACGCAAACAAGAACCAGAUUCCCGCCACGGACGAUGGACCCCAAGACGACGAAAUCGAUGCUCUCCUGCCCAUCGAGUUCCCAGCAUUAGCUCCCCAUGGGCCCCUCUCAAUGGCCGCAAAUAGGGAAGGCGGAAGAGAGUGGGCUCAUAUGGUUGACGUCAAUCGUGAUAUCACCAACUUCCGUGAGUUGGUUCCCGAGAUGGCUAGGGAAUAUCCGUUUGAGCUCGACACAUUCCAGAAAGAAGCUGUCUAUCAUCUGGAACAUGGUGACUCUGUCUUCGUUGCAGCGCAUACAUCUGCGGGAAAGACAGUUGUUGCCGAAUAUGCAAUAGCUCUCGCAGCGAAGCAUAUGACCAAGGCGAUCUACACUUCGCCCAUAAAAGCACUAAGCAACCAAAAGUUCAGAGAUUUCCGUCUCACAUUCGAUGAUGUUGGAAUCUUAACCGGAGAUGUUCAGAUUCGGCCUGAAGCGAGCUGUCUGAUCAUGACGACCGAAAUUCUCCGAAGCAUGCUGUAUCGUGGUGCUGAUCUGAUCAGAGAUGUCGAGUUCGUCAUUUUUGACGAAGUGCAUUACGUUAAUGAUCUGGAGCGUGGCGUAGUCUGGGAGGAAGUCAUCAUUAUGCUUCCAGAACAUGUGACACUUAUUCUGCUUUCCGCUACAGUGCCCAAUACAUACGAGUUCGCUUCGUGGGUAGGUCGAACCAAGAAGAAAGAUAUCUACGUCAUCUCGACUCCUAAACGUCCUAUCCCAUUGGAGCACUAUUUGUGGGCCAACAAAGCAAUGUAUAAGAUUGUUUCUUCGGAUAAAAAGUUCCUGGAUAAUGGAUGGAAAGAUGCAAAUGAUGCACUUUCUGGCAAGGACAAGGUGAAAGCCCCAACAAAUCAGGCCGACGCUCCUAGAGGCGGAAGCCAGCGAGGUGGCGGAGGUAGAGGUCAGAAUCAGCGCGGAAGGGGUCAACAGGGAGGUCAGCGUGGAGGUGCACAGCGGGGAGGUGGACCACCAGCGCAGAGAGGACGUGGUAACAUUGCCCGCACUGGACGCGGAGGAGGCAGGACAACGGCAGCCCAGGAUCGUAAUAUCUGGGUUCAUCUUGUCGCACAUCUGCGGCAGAAAGAGCUCCUGCCUGCGUGCAUAUUCGUUUUCUCCAAGAAAAGGUGCGAAGAGAAUGCCAACGCUCUCUCCAACAUCGAUUAUUGCACAGCGAAAGAAAAGAGUGCAAUCCACAUGACAAUCGAGAAGUCCCUGGCUCGCCUAAGUCCAGAGGACCGAGGCCUUCCCCAGAUUCGCCAUCUCAGAGAGCUACUUAGUCGUGGAAUAGCCGUGCAUCACGGUGGCAUGUUGCCGAUUAUCAAGGAAGUGGUAGAGAUAUUGUUUGCCAAAUCUCUUGUCAAAAUUCUCUUCGCUACCGAGACAUUCGCCAUGGGUCUGAAUCUACCUACAAGAACGGUAGUCUUCUCAGGCUUCCGUAAACACGAUGGGCGCGAGUUCCGCGAUUUGCUUCCAGGAGAAUAUACCCAAAUGGCUGGUAGAGCAGGACGCCGAGGACUCGACACUGUCGGAACCGUCAUUGUAGUGGCUCCCGGAGCCGACGAAGCGCCCCCCGUUGCCAGGCUUAAACAGAUGAUGCUCGGCGACCCCACAAAACUGAGGUCUCAGUUCAGGUUGACGUACAACAUGAUUCUAAAUCUUUUACGGGUAGAAGCUUUGAAGAUCGAGGAGAUGAUCAAACGAAGUUUCAGCGAGAAUGCCACCCAAGCACUUCUACCUGAGCAUGAGAAAAAGGUUCUUUUGUCAGAGGCCGAUCUCGAGAAAGUAAAGCGAGAGCCAUGCAAGAUCUGCGACAUCGAUCUCGAACAAUGUCAUCAAGCUUGUAUGAAUUAUCAACGUCUGACUAACGACCUCCAUUUGGCUCUUCUUAUUCAUCCAAUGGGGAGGAAACUAUUUGGUGCCAGGCGACUUAUCGUCUAUAAGAAGGACGGUCUACGAACGGCCGGCAUGCUGCUCCAGGACGGCGUCAGUAAGGGUAAUGAGCCCACCGUCCAGGUGCUUGAAAUCUCGCGACAUGAGCAACGCAAAGCUGACGACCUCCUCCCAUAUCUGCACCAAUUCGCAAAGUAUUUCCGGACUUUACCCCACAAUGAGAAAGAAAUGAUCCUCAAGCCUGCUUUGAUACCGCUGAACGACAUCGAAUGUCUUACUGGAAUCAUCAUCGACUUUCCGGAAUCCGUGCGAAACGUGAACAAGAGCAAGCAAGCACUAACACUUGCGAGGGACCAAUUCGUGCCAUUGUGCACAUCUUGGGAUUACAACGACUGGGACGAAUUUAGUUAUGAUAAGAUCAAGAGCCUCAGUUUCCGUGACAUAGUCGAUGCUAGGAAGCGUGAAGGCCAGACCGCCUCAGAACGAGAGUGUUUGAAAUGCCCUGAUUUCCUCAAGCAUUUUGCAAUGGAGCAUGAUGAGUGGAUCAUCAAAGAAAACAUAUUGCAACUUCGUCAACUGAUGUCGGAUCAGAAUCUUCAGCUCUUACCCGACUACGAGCAAAGAAUCUCGGUCUUGAAGGAUCUGGGCUUCAUAGAUGAGGCCAAUAGAGUGGAACUCAAGGGCAAGGUUGCUUGCGAGAUUCACUCUGCUGACGAGCUGGUUCUCACCGAAUUGAUUCUCGAGAAUGUUCUGGCCGAAUAUGAGCCUGAAGAGAUCGUCGCCUUGCUUUCUGUCUUUGUGUUCCAAGAGAAGACCGAGUCCAAGCCCACUCUAACAGCUAAUUUGGAGAGAGGCAAAGCGAAGAUCAUCGAAAUUUCCGAGAAGGUCAACCAUCUUCAAACGGUGCAUCAAGUCAUCCUCCCUUCAGAUGACUCUAAUGACUUCGUGAGUGACCCGAGGUGGGGUAUGGUGGAGGUUGUGUACGAAUGGGCAAGGGGCAUGUCAUUCAAUCGCAUCACCGACUUGACAGAUGUCAUGGAAGGCACGAUUGUUCGUGUCAUCACGCGUCUGGACGAGACGUGCAGAGAGGUCAAAAAUGCGGCACGAAUUAUUGGGGACCCCACACUGUUCCAGAAGAUGGGGACAUGUCAGGAACUUAUUAAGAGGGACAUCUGUAAUUGCGCCAGUCUCUAUCUAUAGAUUCCCCCUCCCACACGUACGCGUAAAGUGGUGAUAUCAGUCAACUCUACUGAGCAGUUGUAUUACGAAGCAUGUCCGGUGCAUGGGCCUGCCAACGACGCUUGUAGUAACCGUAUGAUAAAAGGGCACACGCUUCCACAACUGGAUACUUCAGUAUCUAUUUGUAGAAGAAAAUCGUGGAGGUUGAUUCUCACUCAAAAAAGGACAGUUCUAAAUCAAACCCUAGCAGUCUAGACUGCCCUUAUAUACCUUCCUUGCUACAUAGCAUUGAUGCCUUGCGACUUUUGAUGUUUGAAUUAUGUGCGACACAUUUGAUGUCAUGAAUGGGCCGAAUGCUUGUGCUGUUGAUAUUUGCUUAGGGUGCUGGAGCAAGCAAUUACGUUUAUCACAUAUGCUAAUCCUGCUGGCCUUCACUUCAUGAGAUG